CAGCUGAAGCAGUCAGAUCUGGGUGGCACAGGGACGGAGAGAGUCAGAGCUGUGCUCUUUCGAGUUUGAUCCUGCACCACCAUCAGAGACAAUUAUAGCAAACUGAAAUAAUUGUCAGAAGAAUACAAAACAAAAGGAAAAAAAGAUUUUAAACAAAUCAAAAGUUAUUUAAACUCUUGACUGGAAUGUGAAACGUGCGCUGCGUCCUUUGCCUUGUUAUAAUUAACCUUACAAAGCGAACAUUUGAAUUACGCUUUUGUAAGGGGGAGAGGACAACUUUUUAACUUAAACCUUACAUUUUAAAAUACAGCCCGACUGCAAUGAACAAUACCAUGAAUACCUCAGACAACUUGAACAACAGCGCGACGAGCUGGAAACCGGAGUCGGUGAUAAUCCCCUUGGUGUUCUCGCUCAUAUUUUUGGUCGGGACGGUUGGAAACAGCCUGGUCCUGGCGGUGCUGUUCCGAAACGGGCAAAUGAAUAAUAACACCACCAAUCUGUUCAUCCUGAACCUCGGGGUUGCCGACCUCUGCUUCAUCGUUUUCUGUGUCCCGUUCCAAGCCACCAUCUACACCAUGGACGAGUGGGUGUUCGGUCCAUUCGUCUGCAAGGCGGUCCACUUCUUCAUUUAUCUGACCAUGUACGCCAGCAUCUUCACUCUGGCAACGGUCUCUCUAGACAGGUACCUGGCGAUCCGUUAUCCCCUUCGCUCGAGGGAACUCCGUACGCCCAAAAAUGCGUUGACCUCCAUCUGCUUCAUCUGGGGUCUGUCUAUCAUCUUCUCUGGCCCCUACCUCACCUACUACAAGCAGAUCGACAUGAACGGGACGAUCGCCUGCAUCCCGGUCUGGAGAGUCCCGCAACGCAAGAUCAUGGACAUCUGCACGUUUGUCUUCGGGUACCUGAUCCCUGUCCUCAUCCUCAGCCUGACGUACGCCCGGACCAUCCGCUACCUGUGGACGGCUGUGGACCCCCUGGAAGGCAUGUCUGAGUCCAAAAGGGCCAAGCGCAAGGUCACCAAGAUGAUCAUCAUCGUGACCGUGCUCUUCUGCCUCUGCUGGCUGCCCCACCACCUGGUCAUCCUCUGCCUUUGGUAUGGCUACUUUCCUCUCAACCAGGUCACCUACGCGUUUCGCAUCCUCUCCCACCUGGUCUCCUACGCCAACUCCUGCCUGAACCCCAUCGUCUACGCACUGGUGUCCAAGCACUUUCGCAAGGGCUUCAAGAAGGUCUUCAGCUGCAUCUUGCGCAAGAAGGUCACCAACAAGGUCCACCUGGUCCAGGUGGCCCACACUGUCAGCACGGUAGAAGCUGUCUCAACGGAGGUGUCCCACAUCACCGAGCCCUAGCCUAGCAGCUCCGACCGCAGUCAAAGCAACGGGAGGCAGUGGGGUGCAGGGAAACAAACCAGCCACCACGACAAGUCCCUAAACACCUUCAUCACCUUCAAUGUGAUGUAGGCUACUCUGUCCCGACCCCCUGCCUUUAAGCAGGUACUGAGGAGCUUGCCUUUUCAGGAUGCACAGAGAAGUGGCCGAACAGGACAUUGUUCUGCUGAUUUCAUUAUUGUAGUUUUACCAGCGAAUGUAUUCAGACUGCCUAUUGUCUUUUCAAGUAGAAAUGUAGUCUAGACAAAUAAUUUAAAAAAACAACCCAAAAAAAACAUCUUGUAAUAAUGUGAAUUCUCUUAUAGCCCCUAUAUUGUAAACACUUAGAACAAAAUAGCUUAAGAAUGAAUUUCUUCACUAAUUAAUUGCAUUUUAAAGGCUAGUUUAUGUAACUGUAUGCAGUAUUUACAAUAUUUGGUCAGUUCGUGGUGCCAAGCAUUAAUUAACCAUGAACAUAUAAAGGGGGCACCAUUUUAGCCUCAUAACAUUCUUCAGAUUUUGCUACAGUGUGUGAUUUCCAAAGUGGCGUUAUG